UUUGUUCAUUCAUUGAUUUGAAUGAAUGAGGAACUUUUUUGAAGAGAUUUUCAGGAAGUAAUAGUUUUUGCUGAAAUUGCUACCGUUUUCACACUCGAAAUUCCUGAAUGACUUGACUUCAAAGUCAUGUUCAACCUGGGUUUGACUUUAAAUAUCAGACCACUGGUCCUGGGUAAAUCCCUGGAUGUCAACAUUCCCUCGUGCAUACACAUUACUGCUAAUCCACAAGCACAUUCCUGGUGGAUUCUUUUGUAACAUGAAUGGGGCAAUUCUGGUAUUUACCUGGCACUCGUCAUGACUGAGGAUAAAAUAAUUGUCGCCAUGAUAACUUCAGAGCUGUAAAAUCCCGUUUCAUAACACUGCAUACCUCUGUGCAGUGUUUUGGUACUGAGACUGGACUUCCUGGAUCUUAUUUCAUCGUUGCACAGGUACCUGAAGCAACUUGCAUUUUACAAAAAAGUACAGGACUAUUAUACCUGAACGCCUUGAAAGAGCGUAACGUUACUUCUACCGCUGAAAUAAUGCAUCUCAAUACUGUGUUCUUGAACAAAAUUAUACUGAGCAGCCCACGAGGAGCACAGCAAGGCGGAAGACAGAGUGAGACACCUGUACCUGAAAAACAGAGCUUACUGAAGGAGAAGCAGCCCGGGGACGUCCCAGGACAGAGCUGAAGGAGUGGGGAUUAAACAGACCAGACCUUUGCCCCCGAAAACUUUCACCUCCCAACCCUUGUCCCCCCCUCCAGCCAAGCCCUCAGCAGACUGACUGAAGCUAGACAUUCUCCAGUGGUCAGAGGAUCUCACUCUCAGGCGUUAACUCCCAGACUGGCCUGUUUCCAGAGGGUCACCAGUGUCUACAGCUGUACUGAUGGAAGCCCCAACCCUGGCUGAGAUUGGAGACUUGUGUCACCCCCGCUCUUCCUCUCCAGAGGGGGAGACCGUGUGUGCAGCUCUAGCCCGUUAUGAGAACACUCUCCGGGAUGCCAUCAGGGAGAUCCACGUGGACGUCAGCGCUUUUAAGCUGGGCAUGGAGCGCCGUCUGGAGGAGACAGCCAACCUGAGCGGGCCUCUUGGACGAGCUGUGGCUCAGCUCCAGCAGGAGAACCGGCAGCUCCGGAGUCAGCUGGAGGCUCUUACUCGACAGGUGGAGCUCCUGAGUGGGAUGACGUGUGACAGGGGCGCCUUGCUUAACAACAGCCACAAUCACAGUCAGAAUCACAAGAAUCACCUUAGUGACAUUCAGGAGAACCAUCAGGAGAUAAAAGAGGUGUUCUACGGGAAAGGUCAGGCUCACACUCAGAGCCAGGCUCACCUCCACAUCCAGCCCUGCAGCCUGGGGAGCCAAGCCCAGACCUACAGCGGCCUCAGCAAUCAGUCCAGUCCUGCGUCCCCACCUGCCACCUUCUCAUCCUCCCCAAGCUCCAGCAGUCCUCCUGUGGGCUCCAGAGUUUCAUCCAUGGUGACAGGCCCAGUGUCAAGCAGCAGCCCCUCCACUGCCCGCUUCUCCAGCCGAGCCAUGUUCGCUGUGUCCAGCAAGACUAACAGUAUUGAGCGAGAGGAGCCAAUAGAGGUGGACCCCACCCAAACACAUAGUGGACUGGAGAAUGGACACGCUGCUACCACAGAACAUUCAGAGUUGGUACACAGAAAGAUCUCUCCCCCCAAUGACUUCCCUCACGAGCACACAGCCCCUGUCACCAUGCGGAUGCCACACCUCCCCAUCACUGCUACAACCAAGACGGCAGAAAUGAAGGGCCCCGACUCUCCCAGCAGCCCUGUUGGUUCUCGGUCCUCUCCAGUCUCUGAGGCCUCACCUACCAGCCAAUCAGCUGUUAGCACCAACCAGGCCCAACUGAUCGAGGAGUCUCCAAUUCAACCAGUAUCUUCUACAUGGACCCCUACAUCUAUCAGAGCUCUGGGAUCCCCCGGCCUUCAAGAGAAAGCAAAUUCAGCCCCCGCUAAGUCUGUGACCUACUCAGGGCUUCUGCAGCAUGACAGAGACGGUGAUGUCAGCAGUGACAGAUCCUUUGGGCAGGUAGGAGAGAGGAGGCGGGAGCUGGUGAGGUCACAGACUCUGCCACGUAACAUUGGAGCUCAGACUCGUCGAUCUAUCUUUGAAAGGCUGGACUCUGAAGCCAGUAACAGUCGCCCUAAACCAGUGGACCCUAAACCCAAACUGAAGCGGUCUCAGAGUUUUGGGGUGUCAAGUGCCAGCAGCAUCAAACAGAUCCUUCUUGAGUGGUGCCGCUCCAAGACCAUAGGCUACCAGAACAUUGACAUCCAGAACUUCUCGUCCAGUUGGAGUGACGGGAUGGCUUUCUGCGCUCUGGUUCACUCCUUCUUCCCUACUGAGUUUGACUACAACGCUCUGUUGCCCACCAACCGCAAAUACAACUUUGAACUGGCCUUUGGAACUGCAGAAGUGAAGGCAGGCUGCGACCGGCUGAUCGAGGUGGAGGACAUGAUGAUCAUGGGUCGUAAACCAGACCCCAUGUGUGUCUUCACCUACGUCCAGUCCCUCUACAACCACCUGCGCAAGUUUGAGUGAAGCUCAAAAAAGCAGAGAAUCUAAUUUUCUGCACAGUUGUCCUUUUAGACUUAACCUUUUUCAACUUCUUCUUCACUGCGAGGCGUCCAGCAAAAGGCCUUCAUUCUCUGUACCCAACUUUGAGCUGAGUGGAGCUCUGGAGCUGGAGGGGGGAGUACUUUGGAAAGACUACACUGCCCCCUGGUGGUGGAUUAGUGAACAUUCCUCCACAUGCUGCAGGAAAAGUGCUGACCCCUCAGUUGACAGAUAUACUGUGGACACUGACUCACGGGGAGAAUAAUGUGUAUGUGUGAGUUCUGUGAUGUAAACUGUAAUGAAGAAGAUGAAUUUACGUGUGUGUGUGUGUGUCUGUGUGUCUGUGUGUGUAGCUGAGAUACAUUGAGUGCAACUAUUGCUGCGUUGUAUAAAUCUUUAUUAUCACCACACAUGUUUGAAAGUGAGUGUCCAUAGUAACCUUUAAUAUUGCACCAGUGGAGAGGAUGUAUGUUUCACAAAUGUCACUGAAUAACUAAACCAUGAGCAACUGCAGCAGAGCGCACUGUGGGGCAGAAUGUCUGACAAAAUAUUAUGGAAAACAAAAUGAUGUGUAAAAUGCAGCCGAUUGCUGACGGAUAUUUGCGUCCACAUAUGCUGUGAUAUUGUGGUAUUAAGAUGAUGUUGAGAUAUAGAAAAUGAAAUAAAUUGUACUGUUUGACACCCAAA